AUGAUCACGUUGGGAGCAGGGCAGACUGCAUACCUGGUGACAUUUGGACGUGCUGGAGAGGACAACAAGAAGUUCAAGCUGGGAGAUGUUGAGCAGACGCUGCAAGGUUUUGCUGGCGCUGACUAUGAUCUCCAAGAUGCCUUGGUGGAGUCUACAGACAAGAAAACUAAGACUCGGGAGGUUGAUGGCCAGACUUUCUAUGACUAUGAGCUGUCUGGCCCGGCAAACAACUACCUGGCCACUGUCACAUUGAAAGAGGGCAAGGUCUAUGCCUUCUUUGUCAAGUCCCCUGCGAAGGCAGCAGAGCUCGAGGAGAAGCUCAAGUUUAUCACCGAGAAGGUGCCAACCAGGAUCUGUCAGGUCAUGGGAAGUAAUGCUGGAGCGGGGAGUGGAGAGUUCCACAUGUACAGAAUGGUGGGGCAAUGGCUCAUCUUUGUUGUAGCAUGGGGAUAUCUGGUGGCCUUCCAUCCAGACGCCAUCAUCGUGCAGGCGAAACAGGUUGCACUGCGGCAAGCGGAGGAGGAAAAGACUGCAAAGCGGAGAGCAAAGCGGCUAAAGAAGAAGACAAAGAAGAGGAAGGGAGCAGGAGCGGACGGGACUGUCCAAGCAGCAGGCAGGAGUGACAGUGAGCAGAGUGACGAUGACGGAGUGCAGCAAGCUGCCCUUGAUUGA